AGGGGAGAGCGGCGAGAGGAGGGCGCGGGCGAGGAGACACAUGCGCGCUGCCGCCGCUGCCGCUGCAGUCCGCAGCUUCCCGGGGACAGGAAACCUUCACAGCCCAGCUGCGCUGCCACCUCCGGGUCCGCGCCCCGCUCGGCGUGCCCGCCCGCAGCCUGCUCCCGCUCUCCGGCGUCCUCCGGGCGGGCACGGCGUGGAUUCCGUCCGAGCCCAGGCUUCGUGCCGAGGAAAGCUGUGACCCCCCCCCCGCGGAGCGGCGGGGCGGGCCGGGGCGGGGGGGCCUGGGAGAAGAUGGCGACGCCGGGAAGCGAACCCCAACCUUUCGUCCCUGCCCUCUCCCUAGCGACUCUGCACCCACAUCAUCAUCCGCACCACCACCACCACCAUCACCACCACCACGGAGGGACGGGAGCCAGCGGAGGGGCGGGCGGCGGCGGCGGCGGCGGCGGGGGGGCCUUCAACCUGCCCUUGAACCGGGGUCUGGAGCGCGCGCUGGAGGAAGCGGCCAACUCCGGGGGGCUGAACCUGAGUGCCAGGAAGCUGAAGGAAUUUCCCAGGACCGCUGCCCCCGGGCACGACCUUUCGGACACGGUGCAGGCAGAUUUGUCUAAAAACAGACUGGUUGAAGUUCCAAUGGAAUUGUGCCAUUUUGUAUCACUGGAAAUUCUUAAUCUGUAUCACAAUUGUAUCAGAGUCAUUCCUGAGGCCAUUAUUAAUCUGCAGAUGCUGACCUACUUAAACUUGAGUCGAAAUCAGCUGUCUGCCCUGCCUGCCUGCCUGUGUGGUCUGCCUCUCAAAGUCUUAAUCGCAAGUAACAACAAGCUCGGAUCACUACCGGAAGAGAUAGGUCAGCUCAAACAGUUAAUGGAGUUGGAUGUCAGCUGCAAUGAGAUCACAGCGUUGCCCCAGCAGAUAGGCCAGUUAAAGUCUCUCCGAGAACUGAAUGUCAGAAGAAAUUACCUUAAAGUUUUACCACCAGAAUUAGUAGAUCUUCCCUUGGUAAAGUUUGACUUUUCCUGCAACAAAGUGCUUGUGAUCCCGAUAUGUUUUAGAGAGAUGAAGCAGCUGCAAGUGCUACUGCUUGAGAACAACCCUCUCCAGUCUCCUCCAGCUCAGAUUUGCACAAAGGGCAAAGUGCAUAUAUUUAAGUAUCUGAGCAUACAAGCAUGCCAGAUCAAGACAGCUGACUCCCUUUAUCUCCACACCAUGGAGAGGCCACAUUUACACCAGCAAGUGGAAGACAGCAAGAAGGAUUCUGAUUCGGGAGUUGGAAGUGAUAAUGGAGAUAAGCGAUUAUCUGCCACUGAGCCUUCUGAUGAAGAUGCUGUCAGCCUCAGUGUGCCAAUGUCAAAUAUCAUGGAAGAAGAGCAGAUCAUCAAGGAGGAUGGGUGCCAUCGCCUUACCCCACCUGCAGGGGAAUUUCAUCAGGAAUUUCAACCAGAGCCUUCCCUCUUGGGUGCCAACAACAACUCAGGACAAGAAAGAGACCAGUUUGCUGAUGGAGCAGAUGUUCUCCACUCAGGAUUUAUGAACUAUAUUAAGGACAGGGCAGAAGUCUGUGAAGAGCUGUUACGGAUAGAGGAGGACGCACACUGGCAGACAGAAGGAAUAAUAAGUUCAUCCAAAGAUCAGGACAUGGAUAUAGCAAUGAUUGAGCAGCUGAGAGAAGCAGUAGAUUUGCUGCAAGAUCCCAAUGGAUUAAGCACAGAUAUUACAGAAAGAAGUGUUUUAAAUCUGUAUCCUAUGGGAGCAGCAGAAGACUUAGAAUUACCAGAUUCUGCACUAAAUGGUCAAAUAGAGCUGGAGACAUCUCCGGUGUGUGAGGUGCAAAAUGACCUAACGUUGGAGAGUAAUGGAAGCCAGUAUUCUCCAGAUGAGAUGAGAGAGAACUCGCCCACAGUCUCUCCUACCAUUAACAGCACAGCUCCAUUUGGCCUGAAGCCUCGAUCAGACCUCAUUCUCCCUCCUAUCUCCUUCAACAAACUUACACAGGCACAAACAUGGGACAACUCUAGCUACAGUGUUCCCUCUGAAGGAGACAGUGACAAUGUGUUUCUAAGACCUCAGAGAAAUCUGGAAUCCAUAGACCCACAGUUUACUAUUCGGAGAAAAAUGGAACAGCUACGAGAAGAAAAAGAACUGGUGGAACAACUCCGUGAGAGCAUAGAGAUGAGACUGAAGGUCACUCUUCAUGAAGACCUGGGAGCCGCACUCAUGGAUGGUGUUGUGCUCUGCCACCUGGUCAAUCACAUCCGCCCACGGUCUGUUGCCAGUAUCCAUGUACCCUCCCCGGCAGUUCCCAAACUUAGCAUGGCUAAAUGCAGAAGAAAUGUGGAAAACUUUUUAGAAGCAUGCCGAAAACUAGGAGUACCAGAGGCUGAUCUCUGCUCUCCGUUUGACAUCCUGCAGUUGGAUUUUCGUCACAUUCAAAAGACUGUUGACACUCUGCUGGCACUCGGGGAGAAACCCCCACAAUCAACUUCUGCCCUCCGCACCAGGGACCUUAUAGGCUUCUGUCUUGUCCAUGUUCUCUUUAUAGUGCUGAUCUGUAUCACUUACCACUGGAAUGCUCUGUCCGCCUAACGUCUGCAUGUGCAUCCAAAUGCUCUGCUCUGGCUCCCUGGUCCAUUACAGGCUCCUUGCUCCAUUUGAGCCUUGCCUUGCACACUCCCAUCCAUCAUCUCUUCAGUCCUCUCUUGACUUUUGAAGCUGAAUAUUUACAAACCAGAUUUUUCCAGAAGCACAAACUUUGUAGAAUGCAGUUCAUAUUCUGUAAUUUCUCUCCCUCACUAAAAAACAACAGUAAUAACAAAAUGUGCCCAUACCUCAUUCUCCAUCCUCCAGUGUCAGCAGCAGUGUCAUACGGGUCCUCUUCCCUGUCCCAUGAGCUUCUGCUGCGCUGAGCAAGGAGAAGAGAGCUCCAGGACAGGAACAGAUGAGAUAUAGCACAUGGAAACCAAACCACUUAGCUCCAUUCCUUAUUUGGGGCUGGGCAUUUGAAGUAAGCAUUUGCAUUACCUUGCGAAGGAGGCAAGAAACUAACAUGUCCCAAUUUGAUCUAUAAAAAUCUUUGAUGAUACCACUGUUGACCAAAUUGAAAGUAUGAUCUGGAGGGUGAGUGCUAGCUGGCCAUUUAGUUGAAUUCCUCCCGUUUUCCUUCAAAGGGAUCACCGACAAGGACCAGGGAGGGCCACCACCGACUUGCUCUCUCCUAGGCAGGAGUACUCUAAGGAGGGAGGUGCCUUCCUGCUAAAGUGCCACCUGGAGGAAUCGCUUACACACCCAUUUCUGUAUAUUUGUGCUUCUUCCUUGUUAGGUCUACCCUGAUACUCUAAAUAAAGCACUUUCCAGAAGUGAUUUCUAUUUUUGAAUAAAGUAAUGGAUCAUUUUGCUUUUUGCUACAUCACAUAGUAACUGCAGGUCCAGAAUAUGAUGGACUGUAUGCAUUUUCAAAUAAAGCCAUGAGUCAUGGAACAUUCUUGGUCCUGGGGUUUGGGUUACUAUGGCAGGAGCCAAUAAUAAGAUUGCUUUUAUUUUAGAAAAAUGUACUUUCUCUAAUUACUUGAAAUUUCCAUUUAACCUUUGAUUUCCAGUGAUACUAGCUAGCAAACUGCUUUAUUUUUAAAUUAGAUUAAAGUUAUGUAUCAGCUAUCUCCACUUUUGGAGCAAUGUGACGAAUUUGAAAAGUUAGAAUCUUACCUAACCCAAGAUAUUUCUGGAUUUGGGGAUGUCUACAAUAUAAGAAGACCCUGCUCCAGGGUCCAGGGUCAAGCCAGUCUCUAUCCUUCAUUUUAUGAUGUUCCUUAGGUUGGGAGGAUGAUGGAGUUAAUUUCCUCAGUAUAAAUUAUUAGUUUACUGAGGUGCAAACACACGUCAGACAUGGCUACUAAGAUGUUAAUCUUAUUUUUCUGAACAUUUUCAUGAAUCCAGGGAAUUUGAGAUUAUUUGAAAAUCCCACAUAUAGUUAAAAUAAUAUAUUUAUAUAAGAUUUCUUGCUGCUAAAUCAGAUAAGAUUUUUUAACAGGAAGCAUUCUUUCUAUGAUAAUGUGUUAUCUGAGCUUUUUCCUCCUGUCUUAAUGGUGAUUAGUGAAAUACAGGGUAUGUAGAAGUUAUUUAACCUCAGUUGUAUUUAUAUAACCCACAUAUGUACAGUACUGAAUUGCCUUUGGUGCUAUCUUGUACUCGUCAAUCUGUAACAAUAAAAUCCCUUUGUACAAUGUCUGAUGAGCACCCUGAGACAUAAGUUGCUUAAUAAACAUGUUUUGGAUGAUUACAGUUUUAUUGGCCCAUUGAUAUAUUUAUUCACUGCACCCAGAGUAGCAUUUCCACCCAGGUCUGCCAUGCAUAGAGGCUUCCUUUUAAUGGUCACCAUUGUUGGGUUUCCCCACUUCUUUAUGAGUGGAAAUGGGGAGAAAGAGUGAGCUUAACAGGGUUGCCACCUGAAAGAAAAUACUAGAAAUAAAAACUGAGUAGAAAACCACGUAAGGUUAAAUUUUCAGGUUGAAGUGAUAUAGUUCUCUAGCUAUGUUUAUAUGUCAAUUCUGGCAUCCACAGGACUCUUUGGGCACAUUUUCAUUUUUCAUGUCACUGAUCUAUCUGUAUGCUAAUGUGCUGCAGUUCUUGGGAUUUGCUGGAUGCUGUUUUUCCAUUAAGUAGUAUGGUAACUAACAGAACACAAUUAAUUCUGCCCUUUAGGCCAAACUGUGAGUGAACUGCUCUGCCCAUUUCCAAGCCAUUAAUUUCUGUUCAGAAUAAUAAGUCUCUCUAAGGUUCUUCUUCAAGGUACCCAUGCACCAGUUCAUGCACCAGUGUGGUGCCACCUUUGCAGCCUGACUGGGGACAGCUGCUGACCUAAUAUAAAGGCUGAGAGUUGGCAGAGGAUUCAGUUAUACAGCUUACUAUGCAUACAAAGUCUCCAUCUUCUCACAAAAAAAUACCAUUGUAUCAGUACUUCCUUCUAAUACCUGAUAUAAAGAGAGAACUAUUGAUUGACAGUUUCUUUUUGACAUAGCCGUCUGUGUUCUCUUUCUCGACGUCCUCCAGUUGGUGGCAACUCUCCAUUCAGUGUCGGGAGUUCCUAAAUUUGUGACAACUUUUUUCUACUACUUCUUUUGCUUUAUGGACCUCUGGUUCAUAUGCACUUCAUUUUCCUUAGUGAGAGACACUCAGGAAAUGAGGCUGGUGAAGGAAUCCCAAAGACAGCAGAGUUUUUGUCAAUGAAGAGUAGAUAAAGGCAGUUUGUAUCUUGAUGCUAUUUGUUUGUUUACAAUUUUUAAUUAAUUUAUCUUUAAAGCCCACAUCAGUCACAGUGUGAGUCAUAUCAGGAUGAAGGGUGUUUCACUCAUGGGGAAAAGUGGAGAUGAUAUUAUUACUA